UAUUAUUUGACAAACUUGGACAUUAUUUUUUCCCGCUUGAGCCUGUGGUUGAGUGUGUAUGGGUGUGUGAAUGCUCAUUAUAAUAUCUGGGUUGCCAUGGUCACCAAAACGCCAGGCUCACUGCGUCACUCAGUAACUCAGCUUACUGUGCUUCCCAUUCAUCCCUGUAUCCACUCACCUGCCCAUCUGCGCCCUGCGAAAUUUCACAGUUCCUCCUACACACAAUUUUCCCCAGCGUUCGCCUUCGCGUAUACUUUGCAUGCAUGUAUGUUGUAUGUACGCGUGUUGCCAUGGCUACCGGCUGGGCGAACUGGUGUCAUCAAUUCAAAAUCACCUUCACAGCAAGCGGAGAGAGAAAAGCACUCAGCGGUGCAGCUUCAUCGCAUGCAUCACCUGUAAACACACACGCGGACGUGGUCUGAUUUAGCUCGGAGCUCAUGCUAUUGCUUCACAGCAUGGCACAGAGUGAAAAGAGGCAGACGAGAGAAAAGAGAGCUCGUGCAUACAGAUUGCAACUGGAGCUAUAUGAAUGUUUUGGCAAGGGUGUCCGGCUGGAAUUAACUCUGCCUCUUUGCAAGGGAGAGUGAGGGAAGGAAAAGAAGGAAGACAUUAACAGUUUACCGUGUCACCUUACAUCCUCGCAUGACCGCACAGCUGGCAGCUGACAAGAGUGCUACUCAGAUGGAGCAUUACUAACCCUGCCUCACCAGGACUGCUAGUGCUUGAGUCACAAUGAGGCUUCAGUUGCUUUUCGAUGGCCAACGUUGACUGGUUGCGGCAAGAUACAGGAUUUAUCUUCAUCAUGUGAUCUGACUCCCACGCCAUCCUUUUCUUCGCUCUACCUUAAGAGCCUUCUAUCAACAGGAGGAUCAUGACCCGACGCCUGAGCAGCUCCACCCGCUCCCACACCGAGGACUCCAUCUUCCUAAGGCCUGAUGAGGACCCUGUUUGGCUGGAUGAGCCCACAAAGACAGGAAAAAGAGUACAUGGAGCCUCGAAAACUGAAGAAUUGCUUGGAAGAAAAGAUGAAAGCACAGAGGGGCAAAGUUCACGACAAGAAGAAGUGUUUUUGCAUAAAGUGUACAGUUUGGUGGUCCAGUUCCACUACUGGGCCGCCCUCUUUGUCAUCUCCCAAGUCACGGGGUACUGGAUGUUCUUUGUGGUGGAAGGAAAUGGGCCCUUUGCCUCUAUCUAUAAAGCCCUCCAGGUCAUCGACUUCUAUCUCGGCUUUGUCUUACCCUGCCACCCAAUAUUUGGAAUGGAUUCUCUGAAGGAUGUGGUAAACACGACACAGCAAACAUGGAUCAUCUACGCCACUGUAGGCAUUGGAGUUACCAUCUGUGUUUCUAUGGUCAUCCAUAUGGUGUGUAGGUGGCGAUACGGCACUGGCUUGAGGCCACCUGGAAGCGCUUCAAGAGACAUUGGAGACAGACGUCAGUCUGUGAGCCGUCAGCCUUCCUUCACCCUGUCAGAGUGGACGGACGCCCAAGAGGACCUGAUGGAUCUGGAUGCCGUGCCUCAGACUCCAGUCUUUGAAAUGGGAACUGACAGCAAGCCAGAGGGAGAUGCUGCAACUCUCACAGUCACACCGGUGGGGCUUCAAGAGAGGAGAGGCUCCAAUGUUUCCCUGACCUUGGACAUGUGUACGCCGGGCUGCACGGAGCCUUACGGCUACGGAGCCCAGCUUUCCCCAAGGGACCAGUCAGCCAAAGAGUACCUCCGGCAGGGCACACAUAUUCUCACCCCUGCCAUGCUACACAUACGGGCUAUGGAUGACCAGGGCCUGCAGGCGGAGUUCUAUGAAACUCCAAUGAACUUUGUGGACCCUAAGGAGUACAACUACCCAGGGCUUGUGAGAAAGAACCGCUACAAAACCAUCUUACCCAACACACACAGCAGAGUGAUCCUGAAGUCACAAGAUGAAGAUGAUUUCCUCAUGACUUACAUCAAUGGCAAUUAUCUCAAAGGUUAUGGGGGUGAAGAGCGUGCAUACAUCGCCACGCAGGGUCCAACAGUAAACACGGUGGGGGACUUCUGGAGAAUGGUGUGGCAGGAAAGGACCCCCAUCAUUGUAAUGAUCACCAACUUGGAGGAGAAAAAUGAGAAAUGUGCCGAGUACUGGCCUGAGGACACUGUGACCCAUGAGGGGAUUGAAAUCACUGUUGUCACGGUAACACAGGAGGACGACUACAGUCUGAGGGUGUUUACUUUGAAGUGUGGAGAUGAGGAGCGGAGUCUGCGGCAGUACUGGUACACCUCAUGGCCUGACCAGAAGACACCAGACAAAGCGCCACCUCUUUUAGAGCUGGUACAGGAAGUGGAAAGAGCCAGAGAGGAGGCCCCACCCACUAGUGGCCCUGUAAUUGUGCAUUGCAGUGCUGGAAUCGGUCGGACUGGCUGCUUCAUCGCCACCUCCAUCCUCUGUAAGCAGCUAAGGAUGGAGGGCGUGGUUGACAUCUUGGGAACAACCUGCCAACUGCGUCUGGACAGGGGUGGGAUGAUCCAGACAUGUGAGCAGUACCAGUUUGUGCAUCAUGUCCUCAGCCUGUAUGAAAAGCAGCUGUCUCACGCCUCUGAAGAAUAGUGCUUGCACAGUGGCCACGCCCACACUGAGACACACCACUGUACACUGUGCUGCUUCUGGCGGUCCACACCACUGUACCAAGCAUCAUGUCAUGUGUCACCCUUUAAAAAAAGUUCACAUCAUUAUAUUGAUCCAUGGCAGACUUGAACAGAAACCUCUACUUGUUCACAUUUCCCUAAUAACAAAAUAAGCAUGUAAAUUGCAAGAUAAUAAUCUUCUGAAAUGUUCUCAUUUGCCAUACUGAGGUUAUCACAUUUAUCUGCAUGAGACACACAGAGUCAUGAGCAAGCAUCUGGAGCUCUUGUGUGCAUUAAAAUGCGAGAAAUUUAAUAGAUGGAAAUAUUAUGAGAUGGGGGGGGGGGGUGAUUAAGAGGGAUGACAGAAUGGGAAUUCAUCUAAAAAAUGAAUCAUAAUGUUAAUGUUAAGUAUAACUGUUGAAUAUAUAGCAAGAAACUGAGAUGUAUUUUCAAACUUUGUGUAGUUUCAAACCAGAUUGGAUCAAACUAGUUGCCACUAAUUAUUCAAAGACAAGAAAUGUAUUUUUUAGAAAUAAUUUUGCUACAUAUCCAUUUAUGACAGUAAAAAAUGCUCUUUCAUUAAGAUAAAUGUUGAGAUUACAGCACUCACAAUUUCGUGACAUUUGACAUUUACUACUGUGAAAAAAGUCCAACUGAAUAUUUCCAGAAUUCCUUAGCCGAACUUCCCACUUUGUUAGAGUUUCCAUACAUUAAUGGUUAUGUUUAGACCAUUGGCAACUUUACAUGCACAUUUGUUUCAGUUUUCUGCCAGUUGCUGGUCAACUCUCCUGUAUUUCCUUCCUAAAAAAACACUAUUAUACCACAGUAUUACAUUAAAUUUUGGUUGGUUAUCCUUUUCUAUCACAUUUUACUAUUAUGAUUUUACACAUCUUAUACAUCACAUCUUACUAUUAUGAUUUUAAAGACACGCACGCACACACUCACAUACAAAAGGCCUGUUUCUGUAUUUGAUACAUUUGGGAGCCACCUCAUCUUCAGGUUGCAUGGUGCUAAGUGUUCCUUCAAGGCAUGUGCAAUGUAAUGGAACAAAGAAAUGUAAAACACUUAUUAGUGAACUAAUUAGAAUUUUUGUGCAUCCUACAGUGCACUAGUUGUGUGCAGUUCUCAUGGUUCAUGAUGUUUACAGUGUACAUUUCUUGUGUUAAAGCCACAUAGACAAACUAUCAGAGACAUCACAGAGCCAGCAAGGUUGAGAGGGAGCUGCAAUUCAAACCAAUUACUACAUGUUGAAAAAGAUCUGAUGUGUCCUGUUUCUAUCUUGCUCCUCAGAGCCACUUGCCCUGUAAUGCCUCUGCUCUCAGUUGUAGCUUCAGCACAUGCGUAAAGUAAGACGCCCAUGAUUGUUGUAUAGACAGGUCAAGCCUAAUCUGUACGAAGCACAAUGGUACAACUAAGGUUGUCUCUCUUAUGUUUAGCUGUGAAGUUUUUUUUUUCCCUCCUGUAUUGUUUAAUGCAUCGCAUGUGCUGUACGGGAUGCUGUAGGUUCACAAUCAAAGCGACGUGAUUGGUUGUCCUGCUUUUUGUUGUGUAAAGUGGCGUUAAAGCCUUCUAUAUUGCUUGCUCUCAGCCAAUGCUUUUGAUACAGUUUGCUUUUUGUGAAACCAACCAGAGAUAUUUUUAGAACAUUUUGAUACAAUCCUUUUGUGUAGAUGCCGUGUGUACAUUUCCAUCUCCACCAUGAUGUACAUACCUUGGCCAUACUGUGAAUUACGAAAAACGUCCAUUUUUAUUGCAAGACUGAAGACGGAACAAAAUGUAACAAGCUGUCUUAUAGUACACACAAUUUCAAUUAUGUUUAGUCUUCAGUGGUAUUAUGUUAUCGUUGAAGCUUUGCUUUAAUAUGCUUUGCCAUAUGUGAAUGUUUUUAUUGUUUUCUCAGAGAAUUUUACCUCAGACUGAGUAACACCUUCCCACAGGAGUCUAUCUUUGACUCUCAAACAACUAAAUUAAUGGCAAUGCGCAAGGCAGCUACAACAGUUCAGACGUACAUAUUUUUUCUUUAACAAAAUCUAAUAAGACAAUUGAAUUGAAAGUGUAGAUUCCAGCAUAAAAUAAUGGCGAAAUAAACAUCUCUACCUAAUGCUCUGAUUAUGUCUAUGACAUUUACAAAAAAAAUAGUUUUUCUUGUUUACACUGCAUACAUGAUCUCAUUGUGAGAAUAAGGAAAGAAAUUAUGACAUAAGAAUAGCAAAAUAGUGAAAAUACAGCAAACCAGCAGUCAGUAUUCCUUUUCUCUGCAGCAGUAUUGCUUUCAGUUGUGAAUUUUUGCAAAUAAAAUUUUCAUGAACCUGU